GGAUUUUCUUCAGAGGACAACACAAGGAUCUUCAAUCAACUUUCUUUCAUUAACCGUUAUUUGGGCCUUGAUGCCGACCUCUAGAGCAGACUGUACUUUCACCUACAACUUUCAAGUAAUAGUCCAGAAAGGUGUGUCCUAUUUUCACGAUUUAGACUUAACGAAUGAGGACAAUAACUUGACGGUAAGGUUUGGAGUUGGAGAGUAUAUCACUGUCAAGUGUGUAGAAGGAUACCAAUUUGUCAACGGAAUAAGAAAAGUAGACGGGGUCAACACCUUUAGCCUGGACCAUGAUGAAGGUCUCAAGAUAAGUUGUGAAGUGGGAAACAACAUGAAGCCUGACAUCUCCAAGACCGUUUUGGGAUACGAUCGGUAUCUGUUUUGUGAUGAGGGUUGUCCUCCAGUAAGAGAGGACAAGUACAAAGUAUCCUAUCCUGCAGCUAUAGUAACAUCUGAGGACAGUAGUCCUCCUAUCACAUACCUUAAAGAUUCUUUCAUUUCCUUUUCUUGCCAGCCUGGAUAUACGAUCGCUACGGGCAACGUUGGCAGCAGUAAGUCGCAGUGUAAGAAAAGUACCGAAGAAGUGAACUGGUCCCCUAAAAAGGAAGACUUCAUUAACUGUGUCAGAGGCUGUCCUGACAUAACAAGGUCUGUAAGUGGUGGAGUAACUACAGACGUCCCCAACAGCACUCCCAAUCAGGCUCCCUUCAAACCGGGAGACACUGUCACUUUCUCGUGUGAACCAGGUCACGUGUUAGUUGGUUACUCUACUCUUACCUGUACUGGACUGUUGAAAUGGAACGAGAACUCGCCCGAGUGCGUGAAACCUUGAGUCUCUCACCAUCCUCCUUUCUCAUAAACCAUGAUCAAUGAGCAUACUACAUCAACAUUAAGGAAUGGUCGGUCAGUGAUCACAGCUCGUGGAUCAAGCAGUUGGCAGAGCUUGAUAUACGGGAGAGGUAGUUCCUGGACUCAGUGAACUAUUAGACUCUUGGCAACAAGCCAACAAGUAUAACAUGUGCUGCUAUGAGAAUUCGUACAGACUAUUAUAACCGUGCUACAUUCGUUAUGGAGUUAAAGAAUUGAGCGUACGUUUGGUAAUUCUUGGAAACUCACAUUUUAUAGGUGCCCUCAUAAUGUAUCAGUGUACGGUAAAUAGGGAUUUUACUGUGU